AUGGAUUUUGUACAACUAGCCCAAUAUGGCAAAAGAGUAUCACACGAAUAUAAGUCACUUUUAAGGGAUAAAAAGAAAAACGCAGUAAAGGAAAUUCUAGCUGCUAUAAAAAUACAAAAGUGUUACAGAGGAUAUGUUAUCAGGAUGACGUAUCUCAUUUAUAAACAAUUUUUGAAGCAUGCAAAGGAGAGAAUAGAAAUUUUAUCAUGCAAAUAUUUAUUUAAAAAACUGAAGCAGCAAAGAUUGGAUGAACAGAUGUUGUUGUUCAUGUCGGAUAAUGCUACUAAAAUACAGAAAAUCUUUAGAGGCUACUACUCGAGGAAAUAUAUUCACGACUUCUUUAGGAGAAAAAGGGAAAUAAUCGAAAUAGACAAAAACGUUAAAGAACAAAAGGAUAUUAUGCUUCUAGGACUUGAGGAAAAAAGAAAAAAACAAUUACUGUACGACAAUAAAAUGAAGGAUAUGAAAAUAUAUAAUGCUGCAAAGAAUUUACAUCAUUUAGUUUCAACAAGAGCGCAAAAAGGAGUUUAUAAUUACAAGAUCGAAAAUAUAAUAAAGGAGCAGCAAGAAAAAAUUAAUAAACUCAGCGAAAAAAAAAAAAAAAAAAAAAAAAAUGUACGAAAAAAUAAGUAG